AGGUUCUGAAAGGUUGGUAGAUGGGUAUAUGUCUCGGCAGCAACUAGUACAGCUUACAAUACACUAGGCGGGCUGAAACUGAUUUUGGAUUACAUUGUAAAGUAGUCAAUACUCAUACAUCAAGGGGAACAACUUGUAACUACUACAUUGUAAGGUAUCAAGAACAAGCACCUUCACAUUUGUAUUAUAUGAGUUCUACAGUUCUUGUUUCCUACUCGUUCUUAAGCUCAACCUGAAUCUCAUACUCCGCGUCUCAGCAUCAUCAUUUUCAAAAAAAAUGAGCGUCGUCCAGUACGGUGUAGGCAUUGCAAUGUGCCUCGUUUUUUUCGGCGGCUGCUGUCUCUGUUGCCGCAAUACGUACCGUUGUUGCCUCUACGACUGCUUCGGGUUUCCAAGGCCCGACGACUCACAGGACCACAACAGCGGAGCAUUAUACUCAAAUAAGGUGCAUCCUGGAAGUACUAGUACAGGGAAGAUUGGUACAGGGAAGAACAGUUAUUUUGACCUAGAAAAAGCCCUUCCACGACAAGGACCUCCUGGCACUGGACCAGUAAUGAGUGGGUUCACUACUGAGCAGCUUCGCGCUUACGACGAACUGCAUGAUUCUUCUAAGAACAAGCCUGAUACUUGUAUGAAGGGGAAAAAAGGCAGUCGAGAAGCCGAUGCAGUCAGUGUGGUGUCGGCCAACCGAUGGAUCCAGUCAAAAACGAUCUCAUCUUUGAGAAUCGAGGUCUGCAAUUGA